AUGCCCAUUGGUGUUCCAAAAGUGCCUUUUCGGAAUCCUGGAGAGGAAGAUGCAGUUUGGGUUGACGUAAACCGACUUCAUCGAGAAAGAUUACUUUUUUUAGGCCAAGAGGUUGAUAGCGAGAUCUCGAAUCAAAUUGUUGGUCUCAUGGUAUAUCUCAGCAUAGAAGAUGAUACUAGGGAUCUUUAUUUGUUUAUAAAUUCUCCAGGUGGAUGGGUAAUACCAGGAAUAGCCAUUUAUGAUACUAUGCAAUUUGUGUUACCAGAUGUACAUACAAUAUGUAUGGGAUUAGCCGCUUCAAUGGGAUCUUUCAUUCUGGUCGGAGGAGAAAUUACCAAACGUCUAGCAUUCCCUCACGCUAGGGUUAUGAUUCACCAACCUGCUAGUUCUUUUUACGAGGCACAAGCAAGGGAUUUUAUCCUGGAAGCAGAAGAACUAUUGAAGCUUCGCGAAACUCUCACAAAAGUUUAUGUACAAAGAACGGGCAACCCUUUAUGGGUUAUAUCCGAAGAUAUGGAAAGGGAUGUUUUUAUGUCAGCAACAGAAGCUCAAGCUCAUGGCAUCGUUGAUCUUGUCGCGAUCGAAAAUGAAAAUACAGGGAAUUCCAUAUAA